GACAAGAGCAGUAAGUUUCCUCUCCAGCUUGGGCACUGAUAGACAGCACUCGUUCUCUGCUGGCGGACAAUACACACAAAUUCUGAAGUAUUUUUAUUCCUGCUCUUAAAUAUUGGACUCUCGAUACUUCCAUUAACAUUCAGUGACUAUGUUACUAAUCGCGCUUACCGCGUUAUCCGCGGUACUGCUUGUGUGUGAUGGGGUACCAACGCCUACUAACGGCAAAGAUGGCGGUCCAAUUGGUGAACUACCAGAAAAUUGGGACCAAACAAAAGACGACACACAAUCGUUAUUCCUGAACAAGAGUGACAAAAACGAUCUGGAGCCGUAUCCACUAGCUCUCAGUGAAGAAGGAAAUGUGGAAGGUUACGAACAGGGAGUAGAACAACGCUUCGACUCUCCACAGUCCACUGGGGAACUUGACAAUCUCAUCAUGAGACCCGAAUUAUACGGCGAGCCUCCAGCUAUGGAAGGGUUGUCAUCGGGAUAUGAUUCUCGGCGCCGUAAGCGUGGUAGUGGCACUAAAGUUGGAGGAGCUGGCGCUGCCACAAAGGUUGCCACGAAAUCGGGAUCAGGGAAGAAAAACUUAAAAUCCGAAGAACACGACGCCCUCUCUCCGAUCGACUCAGCAUCACAUGACCAGGAUGCUCAUCGUCGCAAACGCGGCAGCGGAACGAAAGUAGGCGGCGCAGCGGCUUCCGCUAAAACUGCCACUAAAAAUUCCGGUGGAAAUAAGAAGAACUUCAGGCCCAUAUCGGAGCGCCGCAAACGUGACUCUGGCCUAAGUGCAGCCGAUGUUCGAGCAUUGCUCAAUUUAUGGGAAGCACAAGAACGUAGAAAGCAAGAAUGGAAUGCCAACCAAUGGGCUGCCGAUCACUACUACGGUCGCGUAAACACAGUUGAAGACGAACAGCCCGAAGUGGAUGAGAAUGGCGAUAUUUGGUAUAAUGAACCAGUUGUAAUUAAUCCACGAGAGCGAGAAUAUCCUCACCAUUCAUACUUUUCGGAACAGAACCGUAUGGCUAUGGCUCACGGCUACCCAGACAUUUAUCAAGUAGACCCCUCUGAACUUGCACAACGUUACGAAGAAGCUCGGCGCAAAAGACAGUAUGCCAAUAAAGUGAAACGCUUCAUGGUAGCCCGAAAACGGUCUGAUAACUCGAUGCACCAGAAUAAUUAUAGGCCUCGGGAUGAUCUGUACACGCUUGCGGAGCUACUUCGCUCUGCGCCUCGAAUCCAAGAACAAGAAAUUCCCGUAUACCGGCGACUGAUACUUUAAAGCAGUCUUCUUGAGGAAGGUGUCCAUUCGAACGAUCCUGUAAGUCGGGUUAUCAUAAAAGAAUGAAUACAGGUCCUACGAUUAGCUUGUCUUAAAUCUGGAAAAAACGUAGUCCGAUGGGCAACAUUAUGACAUAAUUUGGGGCGGGAGAGUGUCGCGCAUUUAAUUCGCAGUGUGUAGCGGAUACCUACCAAUUUAGAAAUAGAAGAGUACGUAUUAUUAAUAACAUUUUAAUAUAUAAAUAAUUGUAUUAUUUUAUGUGUUAAAUAUAUAUGGCCUACAAAUAAUACUUUUAUUUGAUGUCCGAUUAUUUUUUAAUACUUUAUAAAAAUAGUACCUAAAAUAUUUUUUUAUUUAAUCCUGUAAGAAUUCUUAGUUUCAUUAUAUUAUUGCAUAUCUGUCAAAUCAUGUAGAUUAAAUUUUUAAAUUACCUGUAAUCAAAUUUAAUUAGAUAGAUAUGUCUAGUUUCUUCGAAUAUAUUAAUAGUUUAAUGUGAAGUUAAACUUUACAUUUUAUUAAAUGUAAUUAGUGU